AUGCCCGCGGCAAUAACGCCCGGCCAGAUUGUGGUCGAUAAGCCGCUCCCACCACUCUGCGUUCUAUCGGAGUCGACUUAUGUGCACCGCCAUGAACAGGGGACACUCAUAGAACAGAAAAAUGAGUUGGAUAUCUUGGUACGCUUCAACAAGCAACGAACACCAUUCAAGGCCUGGCCUGUUGCCCCUAUUCCCGGACUAGCUACCUCCUUCCACACCUCGUGGCUGGUUCUCGUGGUGGUUCCGCAGCCAUCAGAAGUCAUCGUAUUUCCGAGCCUUGAUGACAACUUCCACGUCGAUUUCGAGAGCAGAAUCCAGUUACCAGAUGGAACGUACUCUCUGGUCAAUCUACCUGCCACCCGCAUCGGCAAUCCAUACGAGGAUGCAGAAUAUCUCGUUAGCAAGGUAGUUGCAAAGUGUGCGGCCUUCAAGGUCGACGUGUGCAGAUCGUGGAAGAAUGAGGACGGAGAAAAAGUGAGCCUUGAUCUGAUGUCAUCAAUGCAAACUGCUUCUUCUCUCGACGAUUUCGAAAAUCUCUCCCUAGACGAGUCGAAACACCAGACAAUAACUAUCACGUGGGAUACCUUUUCGAAUACGUUCGAGGCCGAGCUUUCAGCACUACGCCGGCUUACACAGGGGUGCCAACUGGAAAGUCGCCAGGUUGGACAAAAGUCCAAGGCAGCUUUCGAGAUGAUCCUUGAUCUGAAAGGUUGCGACAAGACCUAUUUGGACCUCCAUAGUCUAUUCCCCCAUCUGAAGAAUCCUGACGCUUUCGAGCACAGGAUCAGGUACACGAUCCUCCGAAAGUUUCAUUCCUUCAACAAUGACCACCGUGCCGCCUUUAUGGGAUUGAAGAAAAUCCCAAACGGCCUUUACUUUGUCAACGGGUGCCCUGGUGCAGGCAAGACGGAAUGGAACAUGGUUAUUUCUGCCCUUCUUCAAUCGAAGCGACGCCCUGGAGCCAAAAGGAGAAGCCCGAUCCUUUUCUUGGUUGAUCUCAACAAAACGGUCGAUGAUGCAGCUGAUCGCUACUACAACCUCUGCAAAGAAGCUGGGCUGAAACUGAGGGUUGUUCGAAUGCAUGGUUGGCCAUAUGAGAUCAGAAACAGCUCGAAGUUGAAUGCCAGCACCUCUGAAGACGAUGACGGACACGGUGCGGACUUUACUAAGAAGUUUCUUGCUACGAUGAGUAUCAACAAAAGCAUUCACGUAGGACGCAAUCCCAACAAGGCGCCAACCCUGGACGAAGCGGCGUGGGAGUACUACGAAAAGCACAAGAACGACGGCUUCUUGGCUCUGAAACGAGUCCUGACUCGAAUGGACACCGGAGAGGCAUUGGGCAAUGAUAACUGGAAGACCCUAAGGGGCCAAGUCACAAAAUUGUAUACAGCAGUUCUGCGACAGACCGACUUCAUCGCAACAACACCUGUAGCAGCAUACGGCGGAUUCUCUAAGCAUUUCAAGCCAGAAAUCAUCUUUGUUGACGAAGCUCCACAUGCACGCGAGCUCACCACCCUGAUACCUAUUGCUUAUUUCGAGCCUCUUGCCUGGAUUUUUACCGGGGAUGUUAACCAGACCCGUCCCUUUGUCAAAAGCGGCGAUUUACGGGAUACCGCUAAACAAGGCCUCGAGUACAAUCCGUAUGCAGAGCAAAUGCGACUCAGUCUGAUGGCCAGAGCGGCAAAGGUUGGAGCGAUCAACAGCUCGCUUUUAAUUAACAGGCGGGCAUACGGCAACUUGCAAAAGUUGCCAUCCAUGCUCUUUUAUCACGGACGGAUGAUCUCUGGGUAUUCAGUAACGAAGCAGUUCCCGGAAACAGUUGGCUAUUUGCGUACCUACCUCGAAAGACUUGGUGGUGGAAGGAAGCUGAAAGAGAACCGAGCCGUUGUUGCUCUCUCGAAGAGCAAAGAAGAGAUGCAAUGUCGCAGCUUUUGGAAUCCCGUAAACCACCAAUGGGUCGUGGGACAGGUUCAAGAACUACUCCAAGACCCAGAUUUCAGAUGUGUCACAGACGUUGAACAGCCGGGGAGAAUAAUGAUACAGACUCCAUACAGCGUUGCGAUGCGUCAGUACACUUGUUCGGUCAAGCAGUGGCCCGUCGAAUGGCAGGACAGGGUCGAAGUUUUGACUGUGGACAGGGCCCAGGGGAACCAGGCGGAUGUGGUUUUUCUCGACAUGGUCCGAACAACCCGACCCGGGUUUAUGGAUGAGCCACAGAGAAUGAAUGUGGCCAUUACUCGGGCACGACAGGCCGAAGUCAUACUAAUGCAUCCCGAAAUGACUUUCCGCCUUCGCGCUGGGAUGCGGGUUCCAACUGAUUACACUUCAAAAGUAUGGAACGACGCAGUACAGGAUGACCGUCUGUUUGUGUUGUAG